AUGUUCUUUCAUCGUGAACAUGAAAAAGAUGGUGCCGAUGUCGUAACUGAAAAGGAAACAGUCGAUAUCUCAGAAAAAGCUCAGGAAAAGACACAAGAAAUUACUCUAAAGGAAACUACUGGGAGUAGUGAGGAAGUACAUGAUGAAUUGGAAACUUAUCAUAUUCAUCAUGAUGAAGAAUGUGAACCAGGUUACGAAAUUCCAACAGAAGAGGACAUGGAAACUUUAAGACAUGUCUCCGGAAAAAUUCCACUAAGAUGUUGGCUAAUUGCUCUGGUGGAAUUAGCUGAAAGAUUCUCAUAUUAUGGUUUGUCUGCUCCAUUCCAGAAUUAUAUGGAAAAUGGUCCUAAUGAUACACCAGCUGGUGUCUUAGAAUUGAACAGUAGUGGUGCUACAGGUCUUUCCUACUUCUUCCAAUUUUGGUGUUAUGUGACCCCUGUGUUUGGUGGGUUUAUGGCUGAUACCUACUGGGGGAAAUAUAAUACUAUUUGUGUCGGUACCGGUAUUUAUCUUGCAGGUAUAUUCAUUCUAUUCAUUACAUCCAUUCCAAGUAUCGCCUCCAAGGACACCUCUUUAGGUGGGUUUAUUGCUGCUAUUAUUUUGAUUGGUAUCGCCACUGGUAUGAUUAAAGCAAAUCUUUCUGUCUUGAUUGCCGAUCAAUUACCAAAGCGGAAACCUAGAGUGAAGACUUUGAAGUCAGGAGAAAGAGUUGUUGAAGAUCCAAAUAUUACUCUACAAAAUGUUUUUAUGUGGUUCUAUUUAAUGGUUAACGUUGGUUCUUUAUCUGUUAUUGCUACUACCGAAUUGGAAGAGCAUAAGAAUUUUUGGGCUGCAUUCUUGUUACCAUUUUGCUUUUUCUGGAUCGCUGUCGUUGUAUUAGUCGGUGGUAGAAACCAAUAUGUAAAGGAAGGAAAACGUGAAAAAUCUAUUCAAAAGAGUUUCAAGAUUUUAUGGAUUGUUUCCAAGAACAAAUUCGAUUUAACUUCUGCUAAACCAUCAUAUCAUCCAGAAAAAAACUAUCCAUGGACUGACAAAUUUGUUGAUGAAUGUAGUAGAGCUUUGAGUGCUUGUAAGGUUUUCCUAUUUUAUCCCAUCUAUUGGGUCAUCUACGGUACCAUGAUUAGUACUUUUGUCACUCAGGGUAGUAUGAUGGAAUUGCACGGAUUACCAAACGAUAUUUUCCAGGCUAUUGAUUCCUUUGCAUUGAUUAUUUUCAUCCCAAUUUGUGAAAGGUUCAUCUACCCAUUUAUCAGAAGAUUUACUCCAUUUAAACCAAUUACAAAAAUCUUUUUUGGGUUCAUGUUCGCAACUGGUGCUAUGGUCUGGUCAUGUGUUUUACAAAGUUUCAUUUACAAAGCAGGUCCAUAUUAUGACCACCCAUUAAACGGUGGUGGUCCAAAUCGUAUUCAUGUGGGAUGGCAAGUACCUGCUUACGUUUUGAUUGCCUUCUCAGAAAUUCUUGCCUCCAUCACUGGUUUAGAAUAUGCCUACUCCAAGGCUCCUAUGUCAAUGAAAUCGUUUAUUAUGUCCUUAUUCCUAUUUAGUAACGCCGGUGGUUCAAUCUUAGGGAUUGCUCUGAGCCCUGUUAGUGUUGAUCCAAAGUUUACCUGGUUGUUUGGUGGGUUAGGUGUUGCUUGUUUUAUUGGUGGUUGUAUAUUUUGGAUCAUAUUCAGGAAAUAUAAUGACACUGAAGAAGAAAUGAACGCCAUGGACUAUGAGGAUGAGGAAGAUCUUAGAGAAAUGGAAUCAGCCGGUGCUAACGAUUUGGAAUUAAAUUCAACACAGUCUCUUACUCAAAGGAGAACUGGAGAAUCUUCAGAAGAGAAGAACAUUUGA